CAGGGAAGUGGCUCCUCAGAGUAUUACACAAUGCUGGGUAAUACAGUCAGCUGUGAGUGUGCAAACCUGCAGAUAUAGUCCAGAGUUGUUGGUUUGUUUUGAUUUACUUCGACAGCUCCACGCAACACUACAGCACUGACACAAAGAGAGAGAGAAAGAGAAGACAAAGAAGAGAGAGAGAAAGAGAAGACAAAGAAGAGAGAGAGGACAGAAGAGCAAAUAGGAGAGAUCAAGUGCGUGGAAUAACAGAGAGACAGAGAGAGACGCUUAGUGCUAAUCUUGAAUAAGACUUUGUCCUCGACUUUGUGAGCCUGCCUGUCUUUGUGGCAUGUCUUCUGUGCGUAGCACGAGGGUUAUUGGACGUGGAACAUCUCCCUCUGGCAGGAUGGUGAGCAGAGCAUCUCCCUCUGGCAGGAUGCAGCCUGAGAGUUUGGAAGCAGCAGAGAGUGCCAAGCCACUGAACGCCGAGGUCGGAGCAGUGCCAGACGAACCCGGUGUGGAGAUGUCAACCAGGUGCAUAGUGAUCACUGUGGUGGCAGUACUGGUUACGCUGGGAAUACUGAUUGGGACUGGCUUCCUGAUCAAGAUCCUGCUGGACUAUUACUACUUUUUCUGCACCAAGUCCUUCAAGUUCAUUCCCCUGGAUAAGGCUUGUGAUGGGAUAGUGGACUGCAAGGACGCUGAGGACGAGCUCACCUGUGUGACCAAGCUGAGCAUCAGCUCCACCUUCCCAUUGCGGCUCGUGACUGAUGACAGCUUGCUCCAGGUGUACAGUGAUGCCAGCCAGUCCUGGAGGCUGGUCUGCACGGAGGGCUGGCAGGAGGCACUGACUAGCCAGGCCUGCCUGCAACUUGGAUACACCAGAAACCCCUACAGUAGCCAGGUCCUGGUCAAGAAUCUGCCGGCAGCAAUGCAGGGCUCCUACAGCUGGGUCAACACCCCUGGGAACACUGGGGGCAUCGAGAGCAUGCUGAAAGACAGAGACAGCUGCUCCUCUGGCUCUGUUGUGUCUCUCACCUGCUCAGGCUGUGGUGUGAAGAGGACGCAGCGUGUGGUCGGAGGCUCGGACACCGCUAUAGAGGACUGGCCUUGGCAGGUCAGUCUGCAGUUCAACAAGCAGCACACCUGUGGAGGCUCCGUGGUGACCCCUCGAUGGAUCGUCACGGCAGCACACUGCUUCCCAGAUAACCAGAAGCUGUUGAGCCGCUGGGAGGUGGUGUCUGGCUUGACUACGCUAUCGUCCAAAGGGGCUGUGGGAGUGUCCCAGGUCAUCGUUCAUGGGAGCUAUGCCGGCAACGACAACGACAUCGCCAUGGUGUUGCUGAGCCAGCCACUCACCCUCUCAGAGUCUGUGAAGCCAGUGUGUCUGCCCACCUAUGACCUGCAGAUGAAUGCCAACAGCCGGCUGUGGGUGACAGGCUGGGGGAACACCCAGGAGAAAGGGAAGCUGUCGACGGUUCUUCAGCAGGCUGAGAUCGCCUACCUGGACCGGGAUGUCUGUAAUCGGCCAAACAGCUAUGCAGGGCUCAUCACACCCAGGAUGCUGUGCGCCGGCUCCCUGGACGGCAAGGUCGACUCCUGCCAGGGAGACAGUGGGGGUCCUCUGGUUCUUUUGAGGGAGCGCUGGCAGCUCGUGGGGGUGGUGAGUUGGGGUACUGGCUGCGCUCGUCCUAACAGACCGGGCAUCUACACCAACCUGGGGGUCUUCCUGGACUGGAUCCACGGCGUCAUGCAGCAAUACUCCUGAGCUGAGGAGAGCGGAAGAACAGAGAGGAGCAGUUUGCAAGAAACCUCUCACUGACACACACACACACACACACACACCCACCCACACACACACACACACACACACACACACACACACCCACACACACACACACACACACACACACCCACACACACACACACACACACACACACACACACACACACACAGGGUCUGAUUCAUUAACCAUUAGGAGAAUAUAAAUUCAUGCAAUAAACAGAAAUGUCGCUCGGUUUUCUUUCCGCGUGGUGUGCAGGUUGGCACUAGAAAGCACUGAGGAGAUCAGGGACGCCCUGUAAAGACCCUGGUCGACCCCAAGCACAUGAUAAUCCUGGCAGGGAACCCAGGGGGCACUAGCCAGCUGCACGUCAGUGCCAAAUAGUUCAGACGUUUUCUGGGCUGGGCUCGCCAAGUAAACCUCCACGGCACUGCAAGCAGUGAAUGGGCCAGCCCCCCAGCCCCUAACCUCUGCGCCCACAGACCUCAGGGUAAGGAACGCACUGAUGAUGCGCUGAUAAUCUUAGUAACUGUGCUCUGAAACUUACAGCCGUGCUGAGUCUACCAGGACCUCCCUCCUCAAGCGUACCACAGCAUGCUCCACACAGGGUCCGCUACGGUAAAUGCAAAGUAGAACCAUGGGGGAAAAAAAGGGGAAAACUGCACAAAUACGUUUUAAAACUUUUAGAAGGGGCUCCUGCAUGGAUUCCUGUCGUAUUUAGGGUUUUAAAGACAGGACGACACACGUUGUGAAGCACGCUGUGGCUCUCUUUUUUUCCGUCAGUGUUUCUAAACUCAGCACUGUUCAGAUAGCUGCGGAUGGAUUGAUUUUAAAGAAGUAUUAAUGAUACCGAAUCACAGCGUCAGAUUAUUAGACCCCAGCAACGCUGUAACAGAGCAGCAGGAGGACUGACACAGAUCAGCUGGCUUUCUGGUUAUUAAUGGUGCUAUUUUUGACGUUAGCUUCUUCUUCUACCUAAAGACUAUUUAAAAAAAAAAAAACGCAAAGAAAUGUCAGUUAUGUCUGUUUAAACUAGGAUUUCAAUCUGUUUUUGUUUUGUUAAUACAAUAUAGAAACCAUAUGGAACACAAAACUGAAUGCCAAUUAUUUAAUUAAAUAAUACAUUUUGAAAACGAGCUUGUGGAAAUGUUUUGUCUUUUUAAAAUGGGAGUUAUUGUGUGUUGUUUUUGUAAAUAUAAAUGGAUUUUUGUAAAUAAAUAACUCAACAUUACUGUUUGUAAGCAUUCUUCUUAAAAUGUGUCUUCAUGUGGGAUUGUAGGUGCCAUGACUUGUGUAUUAAACUCAUAAGCACUUGA